UUCGCCUCUCUCAUUUCUCAGACCUAAACGAGCUGAGAGAAGCCACACCUUCCUUCCUUGCGCAUCUCUUCUAGGGUUAGGGUUUUUAUUUUUUCCUUCGGAGAAACCCUAAUUCCUUGAAAAAAUGGCGUCGUCAUCGUCAGCACAGAUCCACGUUCUCGGCGGCGUCGGAUUAUCCACUUCAUCGUCGAAGAGGACCGGAAGCUCGUCUGCACGGACGGUCUUCUUCGGGCAGGGAUUGCACAACGGAAGCUUCGGGGUUCUUCCGCGUUCCGCUUUCCUCAAGAUCAACCGCCGCGGCAGCAGCGGGAGGCGAUCGACGGGCCCCGUCCGAGUCGUCAAUGAGAAGGUAGUCGGCAUCGACCUCGGGACCACGAAUUCUGCCGUAGCGGCGAUGGAGGGCGGGAAGCCGACGAUCGUUACGAAUGCCGAGGGUCAGCGGACGACGCCUUCCGUUGUGGCCUACACAAGGAAUGGGGACCGCCUCGUUGGUCAGAUAGCAAAGAGGCAAGCGGUCGUGAAUCCCGAGAACACGUUCUUCUCUGUCAAAAGGUUCAUCGGGCGGAAGAUGGUGGAGGUUGAUGAGGAGUCGAAGCAGGUGUCGUACAGGGUGAUCAGGGAUGAGAACGGGAAUGUUAAGCUCGAGUGUCCUGCCAUCGGGAAGCAGUUUGCAGCCGAGGAGAUCUCCGCUCAGGUUCUGAGAAAGCUUGUCGAUGAUGCAUCCAAGUUUUUAAAUGAUAAGGUCACUAAAGCUGUAGUAACCGUACCUGCAUAUUUUAAUGACUCCCAAAGGACGGCAACAAAGGAUGCCGGUCGUAUUGCUGGAUUAGAAGUUCUCCGUAUCAUCAACGAACCAACUGCUGCUUCAUUGGCGUAUGGAUUUGAGAAGAAGAACAAUGAAACCAUUCUCGUAUUUGACCUUGGGGGUGGCACAUUUGAUGUUUCAGUUCUCGAGGUUGGAGAUGGAGUUUUUGAGGUGCUUUCUACUUCUGGUGACACUCAUUUGGGUGGUGAUGAUUUUGACAAGAGAGUCGUCGAUUGGCUUGCUUUGAACUUCAAGAGAGAUGAGGGCAUUGAACUUCUAAAGGACAAACAAGCUCUUCAGCGUCUCACUGAGACUGCAGAGAAGGCCAAGAUGGAGUUAUCAUCCCUGACCCAGACAAACAUUAGUUUGCCUUUCAUUACCGCAACUGCGGAUGGACCCAAACACAUUGAAACAACCCUUUCAAGGGCCAAGUUUGAGGAGUUGUGCUCGGACCUUCUUGACAGGCUUAAAAGACCUGUGGAAAAUUCACUGAGAGAUGCAAAGCUCUCCUUUAGUGAUCUAGAUGAGGUGAUCCUUGUUGGGGGAUCGACCAGGAUCCCAGCUGUUCAAGAACUCGUGAAGAAGUUGACGGGGAAAGAUCCCAACGUCACUGUCAAUCCUGAUGAAGUGGUUGCUCUUGGGGCUGCUGUUCAGGCAGGUGUAUUGGCUGGAGAUGUUAGUGAUAUCGUUCUCUUGGAUGUGUCACCUCUGUCUCUGGGAUUGGAGACAUUGGGUGGGGUGAUGACAAAGAUCAUCCCAAGGAACACCACGUUGCCCACCUCUAAAUCCGAGGUCUUCUCUACAGCAGCAGAUGGGCAGACAAGUGUCGAGAUCAAUGUCCUUCAGGGAGAGAGGGAGUUUGUGAGGGACAACAAAUCACUUGGUAGCUUCCGCCUUGACGGGAUACCCCCAGCCCCUCGAGGUGUGCCUCAGAUAGAAGUCAAGUUCGACAUUGAUGCCAAUGGUAUCCUCUCUGUUGCUGCCAUUGACAAGGGAACUGGAAAGAAGCAGGACAUCACCAUAACUGGUGCCAGCACCUUGCCCAGUGAUGAGGUGGCGAGGAUGGUGAAUGAGGCAGAGAGGUUUGCAAAGGAGGACAAGGAGAAGAGGGAUGCCAUAGACACGAAGAACCAGGCAGAGUCCCUCGUCUACCAGACAGAAAAGCAGUUGAAGGAGCUGGGAGACAAAGUCCCUGCUCCUGUCAAGGAAAAGGUGGAGUCAAAACUUGGCGAGCUCAAGGACGCCAUCUCUGGUGGAUCGACCCAAGGCAUGAAGGAUGCCAUCAAUACACUCAACCAGGAGGUGAUGCAGCUUGGUCAGUCCCUCUACAACCAACCUGGUGCUCCUAGUGGUGGUGCUGGCCCUACGCCUGGGGGUGAGGCAGGCCCCACUGGGAAAACGCCAGAUGGUGGUGAUGUCAUUGAUGCUGACUUCACUGAUAGUAAGUGAGAAUAAUUAGCAAAGAGCGCUUUGUUUUGUUUUGUUAUCAGUAUAGGAUAUGAUUUCGAAGGAGGGUCCUUAUUCUUUGAAUGAAAAAUUAGAGUAGAGGAUAUUUUGUGUUGGCAAAUGCUGACAAUAGUAAAACAAGCUUCUUUGCAAAAGCUCUUAAGAAGGAACGAAUACAGUAUCUUUGCCC